CAAGAAGACAGACAUCAGAGGAUGAGAAUCCUUCAGAGUGAGUGCUCAGCAGCGGUUGUUCGUUUGAGAGUUAGUCGGCAAGUUGGAGACCUGUAAAGAACUCUGUGGUGUAGAGCUGUUUCAUGACCAAGGAAAACACGUUUGCUGUGCAUCAUCGACCAACAGUCUCCGACAUUUCCUUCACUUUGAGCCUCUCGUUGUUGGCUUCGUCUAGGUUUUGAGUGUUGGACAAGUGCCACAGGAUUCCAGGAUUCCUUCCAUCUUGAGAUUGUUUCCUAUCGCCAUGGAACUGGGCUAAACAUUGGUUCGACGGUGUCAGUUUCUUCCCGAUUAGUGAGUGACAAUGCCGAUCGUUCGGGUGAUGGUUGAGAUGACCAUUGUUGUUGACCCAUGACGGUCAAUCCGGUUGUAGUGAAUCCACGUUCUUGAUCCGUGCGGAUUUGUUUGUUAGUGCUGUGCCCCAUGACCAUGCCAACCGUGGUUUCCAACUCAGGGGGCCCCUCUGCGGGCUCGUUAGUGGUAGCCAGUGCGGGCCCCAGUGGUCGUGGCGGCUCUGGUUCUAGUCCAUCAGGGAGCUCCUCGUCCUCGUCGAGACCUUCGGGACCUUCAGGCCCGGGAGGCGAUGAAUUGGGGCCCUCUUCCGAUGAGGUGAAGGUGUUCCAGAACGAGGGCGAAGACGACCGGGACAAAAGUGAUUCCGGGAACCUUCAAGCAGAUCUUCUUGAGGAAGAAUCUAGCCUCAUCACCGAGUCAGAGCAGGAGAAAUCCCGCAGAGAUGGAUUUGCCGGUUUUGGAUUCGGCUCCAUGUCCCCGUACCUGUUCGGUAGCUACGCUGCCGCUGCUUAUGCCAAUGGAUCUCAUCUGGCACGUUCUCCAUACUUAUACGGUGAUCCGUUGUCCAGCCCUCCGCCGGCUCACAUGGGAACCUACCUCGAUAAAGCGGGCGUUGCUGGUCUUCGGCCUCCGUUGUAUGGACUGCCCCCACACGCUGCAGCAGCCGCCGCGGCUGGCUACCCUUACCAUAUGCUAGGCGCAGACCAAUUAGCAGCUUGGCACCACCAAGCAGCCUACGGAUUGCGUCCUGGUUCUCCCUACAGUCUUCCUAUUACCUCAACCAGUUUAAGUUCCAUGUCAAGAUUUUCACCCACGGGUUUCCUAAGCCAUCCGGGAUUGGCGGCCGCCGUGGCCGCGGGAAGUCCGGUGGGUGCGGGUGUCCACGGACAGCAUCUACCUCAGCAUAUGAAACAAGAAUACGGUCACUCCCGUGGAUCUCAUCACCACUCCGACAAAGACCUUCUUAGUCCAAGUAAAGCUAGCAAACGCGACUCUCAUAUCAAAAAGCCUUUAAAUGCAUUCAUGUUGUACAUGAAGGAGAUGAGACCCGUGGUUCAAGCGGAAUGCACUCUCAAGGAAUCCGCGGCCAUUAACCAGAUCCUUGGACGCAGGUGGCAUAGCCUGAGUAAAGCGGAGCAAGCCAAGUAUUACGAUCAGGCCCGAAAGGAGAGACAGAUCCACAUGGACCGAUAUCCGGGCUGGACGGCUCGAGAUAAUUAUGCCAAACAUAAGAAAAAAAAGCGUCGAAAAGAAGUGAUCAGAGAUGGCAAUGGGGGUUCAGGAGGAGGCGGAGUCUCCAAUGGAGAUUCGGCCGGCGGAGCUUCGAGUAUGAAGAAAUGCCGCGCCCGCUUUGGACUCGAUCAACAAGACCUUUGGUGUAAACCUUGCAGGAGGAAGAAGAAGUGUAUUCGCGUCCAGGUUUAUCUGGAAGGGAAAUCAGCCGCCGCCGCAGCAGCCAGUGCAGCCUCGUCUGGGAGCAAUUCGGCUGGUUCCAUUGGGAACAAUGGUUCCUCCAGCGGAACGGGGCCAGGAUCUCAUUUGCAUCAUCCAUUUGGGGACGGGAGCAACGGCUUUGCAAACCUCAGGAACUACUCCCAUGGAGGCUCCAAACCUCAUUCCAAUGGCCUGGGCAAUCCAGGAGGACCGGGCAGUGGGAACAAAGACCACUUCCACUCGGACGGCGAGGACGAUGAUGAUGAAAGCCCUGGCGAAGCUUCCCCCAUGGGUCUGAACGGCCCAGCUAGUGUCGAAUCUACCUCCGAACCGAGCCUGAGGUCUCCAGCGGGCUUCCAUAGCCUCCCAAGCAUUGGGUCUCCCGGUGGCUCGUCCAUCGCCUCCCCGUCAACCCCAUCGUCUUCCAGCCUCACCACCUCAAACUAUGACAAUCCAAUGGCCUCGUUCCUGGCCUCCGAUUGGUUCAGUCGAGCCUCCGCCGUCGCUGCCGCCGGUGGAGGAGCUUUCAAGCCGCCAGCCUACUUUCACCACAUGCCCCAAAGGGCAGCUGUGGGACGUGAUCCCAAAGACUCGAACCAUCCUCUAAGUGUAACUCAACUCACUGGCGGUGGAGGCUCGUGUACCCCCGCUGCCUCUGAAAAUCUCGUCGGACCGCCACAUGCUCCGCCAUCCGCGGAUAAACGGCCCCCUCUUCUCAGCAUGACGUGACUGGCGGCACUGCGCUGUUCAGGAAGCGACUCCAGAUAGAAAAUGAUUCAGGACGAGGAGAAGGUGGAGAAGAAGAAGGGAAAACGAGAAAGAAGAGAGAGAGAGCGAGAAUCUGUGAAUUUGGUGCGGUGUGCAUUUGACAGCGGCUCUCUGUGACGGACGGCCCUUUUAAACGUCCUUUCUCCCGCUGGAGCGCCGACUGGCCAGCCAGCCAGCCAACCAGCCAGCUAGCAAGUUAACUGCGUAGAGUGUUCGAUACUCACGUGAAGAAGAGCACCCAAGCCAACCUUAUGACAAGUGAUACUUAGAGUUCGCAUUUCGCAAAUGAUCUCAGAUUCAAAAGUGCCAAAGAAACCCGAACUAAUAGAAUGAAAAUUACCCUUUCUCAUUGGUGCC